AUGGAGGAAGCUUCACUUCUAGAGCAGCUGAGUGAUGAUCAGAAGAAUCGGCUGGAGGAUCUCCAAUGCGAACCAACUGACUGGGAGGAGAGUCUCUCUGACGCCGAUCUCGAUGAGUUCGAUGACGAACAGGUGGGCUCAUCCGAGAAACCAUUCGAGAAUCGUUUCCUCUGUCUUGAGGAGACCUUCCAAAAGGUGGCUCAGAACGAGACUAAGCUCCCGGACUUGCCAGAUGAGAAGCCCUGA